AUGGCCAGCGAACCCCUCGUCAAGCACAUCUACACCGCGGACCCCUCUGCCCACGUCUUCAACAACAAGCUAUACAUCUACCCGUCCCACGACCGCGAGACAGACAUCAAGUUCAACGACAAUGGCGACCAGUAUGACAUGAACGACUACCACGUCUUCUCCAUGGAGACAGUCGGCGGGCCCGUGACCGACCACGGCGUCGUGCUCAAGGACUCCGACGUCCCCUGGGUCUCCAAGCAGCUCUGGGCCCCCGACGCCGCCACAAAGAACGGCAAGUACUACCUGUACUUCCCCGCGCGCGACCAGGAGGGUAUCUUUCGCAUCGGCGUUGCUGUCGGCGACAAGCCCGAGGGCCCCUUCACCGCCCAGCCUAACCCCAUCCGCGGCAGCUACAGCAUCGACCCGGCCACCUUCGUCGACGACGACGGCCAGGCGUACCUAUACUUCGGCGGCAUCUGGGGCGGCCAGCUGCAGUGCUGGUCCAAGUCCGACGCCGGCGAGUGGAAGUUUGAUGCGUCGAAGACGGGCCCGCAGGAGCCCGCGGGCGAGGGCGUGCUGGCGCUGGCGCCGCGCGUCGCCCGUCUGACGGACGACAUGCUCGAGUUCGACUCGGAGAUCAAGGAGCUGCUGAUCGUCGAUCCAGAGGGCAAGCCGCUCGCCGCCGAUGACCAUGAGCGCCGCUUCUUCGAGGCCGCCUGGAUGCACAAGUAUAACGGCAAGUACUACUUCUCGUGGUCGACGGGCGACACCCACUAUCUCGUCUAUGCAACGGGCGACAGCCCCUUCGGCCCUUUCACUUACCGUGGACGAAUCCUUGAGCCUGUCCUCGGCUGGACCACACACCACUCCAUUGCCGAGUUUCAGGGCAAGUGGUAUCUCUUCUACCAUGACUGCUCGCUCUCCAACGGUGUGGACCACCUGCGCAGUGUGAAGAUGCGGGAGAUUGUCUAUGAUGCAGAGGGAAAUAUCCGGCUGGCAGAGGAGUGA